CCAUACUCUGGUUAUGUGUCGUUGCUAGACAUAAGGAAACAGUAACAGUUUACAGUUGGUGUUACUUUCAACAUCUAACCCUCAGAGAGAGUGACUACAUGUUCCGUCCAUCAAGCUUUCGAGGAAAUUGGGAAUUGCAUAUUACGGGCUCUGCGCACGUCACUUUUGACACGAUUUGAAACCAUUUAAGUUGAAUCUGCUUUUUUCUACAGUAGGCUAACUGUGCAGGAGUGGUCAGAGCCUAAAUCAGCUAUUCAGAUCGGAUUUCACCCAAACCAGCUGGGAGAGAGAGCGGAGAGAGAGAGCAUUUGUCAUUUUGCUUCCCUUCCCGAUCCAGGAAAGCUUAGGCUACUAGGGAGAGAGAAAAGAGAGCGAGAGAGUGAGUGAGAGAGGAGGAGGGAGACGGGGGGUUCCAAAGGAAUUUCCAAGGAUAUUUCUUCUGUUGCCGUAAGAAAAGUGUUGGUCAGUUGGGGGCGAGGCAGAGACCGCGGUCAAGUAUGGAUGAACAGCCUCGGUUGAUGCACUCCCACAGCGUAGGCAUGGCCGGACACCCCGGCCUGGCACAGCAUAUGCAGGAUGGCACGGGUGGGACGGACGGAGAUGGAAGAAAGCAGGACAUUGGAGACAUAUUACAGCAAAUAAUGACCAUCACAGACCAAAGCCUGGACGAAGCGCAGGCAAGGUACGGUGACAUAGAAAAUUAUAAUAUGUUCAAAGCGUUAUCAAAAUAGCAUGUGAUUACUGUGCAAUAAAUGAUUACUGUGCUGUACAUUGUAACAAUAUGAUGUGCAUUCAGUUCAGUAGGCUAUCCAACGAAAACAAUUAUUCCCACCCCAACGCAACAACUACUCGUAGGGGAUAAAGUGCGUAACGUUAAACUCCCUUCAGUUUAACAGUCUUUGUCUUGUGAAAGUGAACUUUUAUAUUAACAGUGUUAUCGAAAAUGUUUUAAUGUUAAAAAUGAAUGACAUUAUUAAGCUACUGCAACUAAAGCUAUUCUGAACUGUGGAGCGGGGUGCAUCCAAAUCGCCUUAUCUUGUUACAAAUGAGAUUACUCAGUAAUUCACCGCCGUAAUACAUGUUGCAGAUGCAUUGCUUUUGGAUACUUUGUUUCUUUUUAGCCAAUGGCAAUAAGGAUUAUCAAAGCACCAGUGCUGUGCGUCGAAAUUGAGCCAAUGACAUCUAUUCACAUGCUCCUGUGCAAGAAUAGAUUACAUAGGAUAGACUGGGUCCUAUUCAUUACUGACAUCCCACUGUGUUUUUAAAUCGCAAUGACCCUUCCAUGUUAAUAAAUCAUAGUUAAUUAGGAAUCAAGUGUAGUGGCACAACAAGGGUUCCAAAUGUGGUUUGAUGAGACAAAAGUAUUUUCUCUAUUGAAGAAUAACACUAUGCUAUACAAUAGGUAUUUAGUUUAGAUCACUUUGAUUGAAGGGUUGAUUGGUCGAGUGUGUAAAAUCAGAACAAAUAUGCAUUGUCAAUAACAAUAGCAAGGAGGAGCUUUAUUGUUCAUCAUUAAAUUGACAGUGAUCAAACCAGUCUGCUGAUUUUAGAUAUGAUACAAGCACAUGCAGAACACUUUACCACGAACUAUUACCAUCUCCUCAUCUUAUUGAAUAUGGUAUAAAGUUGUGUCUUUUCCCUUUUUAUAGGAAACAUGCACUGAACUGUCACAGGAUGAAACCGGCUCUCUUCAACAUCUUGUGUGAUAUAAAAGAGAAAACA